AUGGAGAGAGGAAAUGGGUUUGGUUCACCAAUAAUGGUGGCAGUGGCGGUGCUUGUUUUUGCCAUGGUGUUGAUGGUGCCUGAAGUGUCUGCAACUAGAUGGACAGUUGGAUCUAACAUGGGUUGGGCUAGUAAUGUCAACUACACCAUUUGGGCUCAAGACAAGCAGUUCUACAAAGAUGACUGGCUCUUUUUCGUGUAUGAUAGGAACCAAAUGGAUGUGUUAGAGGUGAACAAGACUGAUUAUGAGUUAUGCAAAUCUGAUCAUCCUCUUCACAAUUGGACCACGGGAGCUGGAAGAGAUGUUGUUCCAUUGAAUGUCACUCGUGAUUACUAUUUCAUCAGUGGCAAGGGCUUCUGCUAUGGAGGCAUGAAGCUUGCUGUCCAUGUAGUAAACCCACCUCCCCCUCCAACCAUUGCCCCAAUAAAUGAGAAAAGUGGCUCCCCAAGUUCCGUUUUCAGAGGCCAGUACGUUCUACCGACUGUUUUCGCUCUUGGUGCACUAUGGGAUGCAUUUGUCUGGUUCUGGUAG